GGAAAGCUUUCAGGGGUGUAGGAGGGGUUGCUCCUCCUCCCACUGCCAACUAGCACAGACAGACAGACAACAAACGAGGUCAUGCCCAGACAGUUACCCCAACAGCAGAAACCAGUGAAGAUGGGUCUCGGAUGCACCAUGGGACUGAGAAACACUCUCGUUGUGAUGGCCCUCCUGCUGUCUGGUGCUGCUUCCUUGGAAAGUCAGGCAUUUUUCAAUGAGACUGGAGACCUGCCAUGCCACUUUCCAAACUCGCAAAACCUAAGCCUGGAUGACCUGGUGAUAUUUUGGCAGGACCAGAAUAAGUUGGUUCUCUAUGAGCUGUACAGAGGCCAAGAGAAUCCUCACAAUGUUCAUCCCAAGUAUAUAGGCCGCACGAGCUUUGACCAGGACAGUUGGACACUGCGACUCCACAACGUUCAGAUCAAGGACAAGGGCUCGUAUCAAUGUUUCAUCCAUCAUAAAGGACCCCAAGGACUGAUUCCCACCUACCAGAUGAGCUCUGACCUGUCAGUGCUGGCUAACUUCAGUCAACCAGAAAUAAAUCUAAUUCCUAAUCAAACAGAAAAUUCUAACAUCAUAAAUUUGACCUGCUCAUCUACACAAGGUUACCCAGAACCUCAGAGGAUGUACAUAUUGGUAAAAACUAAGAAUUCUACUACUGAGUAUGACACUGUCAUGAAGAAAUCUCAAAAUAAUAUCACAGAACUGUACAACAUUUCUAUCAGCAUGUCUUUUUCCAUCCCUCCUGAAACAAAUGUGAGCAUCUUCUGUGUCUUGCAACUUGAGCCAACGAAGACACUGCUUUUCUCACCACCUUGCAAUAUAGAUGCAAAGCCACCUGUGCCAAGCCCCCCUGUCCCAGACCACAUCCUCUGGAUUGCAGCUCUACUUGUAACAUUGGUCGUUGUGUGUGGGAUGGUGUUCUUUCUAACACUAAAGAAAAGGAAGAAGCCGCAGGCUGGCCCCUCUAAAGAAUGUGAAACCAUCAAACUGGAGGGGACAGAGAGUGAACAGACUGAGAAAAGAGUAGAACUCCAAGAACCUGAAAGAUCUGAUGAAGCCCAGUGUGAUAUUAACAUUUCAGAGACAGCCUCAGGCGACAAAAGUGCUAUGCAUUUUUAAUUAAAGAGUAAAUGCCAUACGACUAUCCGGUUUUUAUAUGCUUUUCUUUUCAAGUUUUGACUGACCUUUUUCUUGUCUCUCUAAGCCUUCCCAGAAGGCAAGAAAAUAUUACUAUUAAUAAUAGAGGGGGCUUCACGAUUCCCUCUAAGUGAAAUAGCCUCCCUACAAUGCCAGCUCUGCUCUCUAUGCCAGGAGCAGAUUUUAACUGUUUCUUUUCAUUUCAGAGCACACUUGUGGGUCAAGCCCACCUAACUGGUUCCUGGCUCGGAAUCCUGUGUAAGACUAACACCUCCUGUUUCAGAUUCAGUCUCUUUUCUUAAUGUUAUACAUUGUGUUUUAUGUAAAACUCCCAAUUCCUGGAAUUGUGGCUUUUAUCUACUCUGAAUCUCAGGUAGUGCCUCAUUCCAUCUUGUAUACCUGUGACUGAACAACUACCUUUUCAGUCCGGGUGGGAGUUAUGUAUUUUAUGGCCUUAUAGUGUUAAUAUUAAUAUUUUGAAGUAUAAAGAAAUAUGUACUAUAAUAAUGUAAUUACUGAGAAAAGUCCACCCUCUGCUAAGGAGUUCCUGUCCCUCUGUGAGGGUAAGGAAAGUGGUGGCCCAGUGUGCUGACAACAAUGAGCAGACCAACUCAAAACCUGGGAAAUUAGAGACAGAGAAGGAACCAGUCCUGCAGCCAUUACCAUCUGGGCUGUUGCUAAUGUUGAGGAGGAUCCACCUGCCCAAGAAGCUACUGCCGAGCCUUAGCAAAGAGUGCUGGAUACAGCAGGAGAGUGUUGUGCACCAUAAACACUGCUGCUCUUCUCAGAGAAAAUGACUGAGACGAUGGCCUGGGGCAACUGUUCAAGAGCGAAGAGAGAGAGAUCGCAAUACUCAAAACAGGAAAGAAAAUGAAAGAUCUUGACCAACAGAAAUACACAUGAAUGUUCAGUCUGUCCAGUCCUUCGACAAGCCAUAGGAAGAGCAACAGAUGGACAGUCUGUCCAAAUGGACUUAAGGCCGACUGCAGUUUCCUUGGAGGUUGGGGAGGGGUUUUGAUGAUAGCCAGGUUGUUGUGAUGUUUCAUCUGGCUGGAAGCAGAGCUGGCGGGGGAGAGCUAUCAUCUUAAUAAUGGGGUGAAUGGAAGGAGGCUUAGGGCUCUUUCAAUGAAUGGCUGAGAGAGAAGGAGCUGGGGCAGAAUUAAAAGGACCAGAAUACAAAUUGCCCAGAGGCUGACUUAGCCUGCAGAUGUCCUAAGGAGGUGAUGGUUGGCCCGGAGCAGGGCUAGCAAACUUGUGUCUGAGGACUGUCUAUGCGUCAUUCUCAAUGACAGGAAACCUGGGCGCAAGAGAGGAAUAUAUUAGCCCUGUAGAAAUGAGUUAGGAGACUCUGGCUCUAAGGCAGCAUCACUAAGGGAUGGAGAAGCCUCAGUCCAAACCUAAAGAGAACUUUGGGAAAGCCCCAGAAAUAAUAGUUCUUCUUAUUCUACAUAAAGGACCCUAAAGGGUUAUAGAUGGCUAUGCUAGCCAUGCUGGUACUUGUAAUAGUACCAUUUGUGUGCUCUGCCCUGCCCUUGCCUUCAUUAGGCUCUAAGCAUCUUGCUGUUUUGUAACAUGUUUUUUAAUUUACUUUUUAUUUUAUAUUGGAGUAUAGUUGAUUAACAAUGUUGGGAUAGUGUCAGGUGUAUAGCAAAGUGAUUCAGUUAUACAUAUACGUGUAUCUAUUCUUAUACAGAGCAGUUCUCAAUAAAUUUCUAUUAAAAUAAUGUAAAAGUCUGAAUUUUCUUCUUCUAUUUUAACAGUACUUAUAGUCUGAUAUUACUCCCUCUAUCCUCCUAAUGUAUGUCCUUCCUCUUAACAGCUCUAAGGUAGCCCCAUUCUCCAGUCACCUAGCUAAAAGCCUCUGACUCACCCUAAACCCUCUCCUCUUCCCUUUCCUCUGUGUCUCAUAUGAUUCUAUGUUUAUCUAGUUACUGAGACAUAUGUCAGGUAAGGGAUGUUGUUUCUCUGGAUAACUAGAAAAUCUGAAGUUAAGGAAGGGAUUCUUGCUUUUCAGUUUGUAAUGUUUCAUUCCAUGUAAUGUGUGCUUGCAUGUACGUUAAACAAAAGCUUAGUAUAAAAAUUUAUUCAUUGAAAAUACUUUGAUUAUAAAAUAAAUGCAUGUAAUUGUAUAUUUGAAAGUUGCUAAGAGUGUACACCUUAAAAGUUCUCAUCACAAGAAGAAAAAUUCGUAAUUAUGUGUAGUGAUGGAUGUUAACUUAUUGUGGUGAUCAUUUCAUACUAUACACUAUAUCAAAUCAUUAUGUUGUACACCUGAAAGUAAUACAAUGUUAUAUGUCAACUAUAUCUCAAUUAAAAAUAAAUAAAUACAUGGCAUGUGAGAAGAGUCAUUAUGGAAAUUAUGGAAAUUACAGAAAAAAGAAAACUGUCCAGGCUCUGUGAGGGCAGGAAUGUGUCUAAUUUCUUCACCAGUGGAUCCCAGGCACCUAAGGUAGUACUUCAAAACUAUUUGUUUAAAAAGGACUUCCCUGGUGGCACAGUGGUUAAGAAUCCGCCUGCCAAUGCAGGGGACAUGGGUUUGAUCCCUGGUCCAGGAAGAUCCCACAUGCUGUGGAGCAACUAAGCCCACGUGCCAUAACUACUGAGCCUGCGCACCACAACUACUGAAGCCCGCGUGCCCUAGAGCCCGUGCACCACAACUACUGAGCCCAUGUGCUGCAACUACUGAAGCCCAUGGACUCUAGGGCCCGCGUGCUGCAACUACUGAAGCCCAUGUGCCUAAAGCCUGUGCUCUGCAAUAAGAGAAGCCACCGCAAUGAGAAGCCCGCGCACCACAACAAAGAGUAGCCCC